GGUUUGAAGAAAAGGGAAGAAUGAACACGGUGGGGGACCUGAACAAGGUUUGGGAAAUAAGAGCCCUCAAAAGAAAGGAUCGACAAGAUGAAGCAACCAAGAUGCUCGACAGAAUCGCCAAACAGGUCCAACCCAUUAUGCGCAAUCACAAAUGGCGCGUCAAGCUUCUCUCCGAGAUGUGUCCAACCAAUCCUAGGCUUCUUGGGUUGAAUGUGAACCGCGGUGUGCAUGUGAAGCUGAGGCUGCGUAGGCCGAAUAGGGAUUUGGAUUUCUAUCCCUUUGAUCAAGUUCUUGAUACAAUGCUACACGAGCUUUGCCACAAUGUUUACGGUCCUCACGAUGCCAAAUUCUACAAGCUAUGGGAUGAACUUAGGAAGGAAUGUGAGGAGCUGAUGGCUAAGGGUGUAACUGGCACUGCGGAGGGGUUUGAUCUUCCAGGGAGGCGUUUGGGAAGUGUUACACGUCAACCCCCUCUUUCUUCUCUCCGCAAAACAGCACUUGCUGCUGCAGAAAAGAGAGCUGUUUUGGGAUCUUUGAUGCCAUCUGGACCUAAGCGUCUUGGUGGUGAUAGCUCUAUGAUGGCUGCACUUAGUCCGGUGCAAGCUGCGGCAAUGGCUGCCGAGAGAAGAUUGCAGGAUGAUAUCUGGUGUGGUUCAGCAUUUGCUGGAGCCUCUGAGGAUGGUGAAUGCAACUCUGUUACAUCGGAGGACAAUGAAAAUAUAGAUUCAAGUGCAGGAAGUUCAAGGCUUCACAAUGGUGCAAAAGCACAAUCCUCAGAUACAUUACCACAAAAAAGGAGUCGCAUACCUAAUAACUCUUCUUUUCAAUCAUCCAAAGUCCAUUUAGGUUCCGAGUUUGUAGAUCUAUCCUAUGACGACUCAAUGUCUGGGUCGAUGAUGAACUCUGACACGAGAUCUCAGAAAAAAAGUCGUGAAUCAGAAACCAGUUCAUUCCCUCUAUCCAAUCAUCAUCCAGAAUCUAGUUUUGUGGAUUUGUUGGGUAUUUCAACCUCUGGGUCUGGAUCUAACAACGAUGGAACACAUAAUCCUGAAGAAUCUGCUACGUGGCAGUGUGGAACAUGCACUUUGUUAAAUCAGCCAUUAGCUCCAGUAUGCGAGCUGUGUAGCGCCCACAGACCAAAAGAUGUUGGUACAAAAUACAAAAUCUGGUCAUGUAAAUUCUGCACUUUGGAAAACAGUGUGAAGUUGGAGAUUUGCUCAGCAUGUGGACAGUGGAGAUACUCGCAUGGUCCACCAAUAGCAACCCAACCACCAAAUCUGGGGACUUGAGAGACACAACAACUAUAAAUGACUUUGCCUCCAUUCCUUCAACUUCUUGGUUGUUUUGAAAUAGAUUACCAUUAUGUUUUGGCAG